AAAUAUCCGAGAGCUCUCAACCGCUAUUCAUCCCUUGCUCCCAUUAGCGAUAAACCAAUGGCUGCAUGCUUUUCUCAGCCAAUUCCCUUGAAACCGAAGACUUCCCCCAAAUCCACCUCCUUCUACACUCUUAAAGUCACCUGUUCUUCUGCCACAAACCAAUCCCAAUCAGCUAAACAACAUCUCCUCAGCCUCAUCUCAGACCAAGAUCGGGGCCUCAAAACCCAGAAUGACCCUGAAAAGCGGGCAACAAUUAUCCAAGCUAUCUAUGCCAUGGCUGAACAGGGGAAAGGUACGGUCACCACCGGUAAUUCACUGUCCGCCACGUGGCGUUUGCUCUGGACGACUGAGAAAGAACAGCUCUUCAUCAUAGAGAAGGCGCCGUUAUUUGGUACCAAAGCUGGCGACGUUUUGCAGGUGAUAGAUGUUGAGAAAAAGACUCUCAACAACGUGAUUACUUUCCCACCCGAUCGGGUCUUCUUUGUCAGGUCAAAUAUCGAGAUUGCUUCAUCUCAAAGAGUGAAUUUUAGCAGAUUUACGAGUGCUGUCCUAAGAGGGAAAAGUUGGGAAAUUCCUUUGCCUCCAUUUGGACAGGGCUGGUUUGAGUCUGUGUACAUUGAUGAUGAUAUACGGGUUGUGAAGGAUAUCAGGGGAGAUUAUUUAGUGGUUGACCGUGCGCCAUAUGCUUGGAAAGAAUGAAGGGCAAACAUUGUAGUUUGCUGCAUUGUCAUUCAUGAUUGGAAUGCACUGUGAGUUCACUUACGAAUAGUCGAAUAUGAUGCACUCAACUAAUAAAUUGGACUACCUGGACACUCAACUAAUAAAUUGGACUACCAGGACAUACACACUCUCUCUCUCCUGGUUGACUUGUCUGUGUUACUUUUGCUUAGGGAAUACUAAAUCCAGUCUAAAAGGUAGCUAUACUCACCCUUCCAUCCUGCAUGAAUGAACAAUGGGGCAUGAGUUUCUGUAGAAACUAGAUAGUGAUUUUUUCGUACACUCUCUACCUAUCUACUAGGACAUUUACCCAGGGGAUUCCUAAUAGGCUUCAAAAAGGAAGUCUUUGCCUAGAUUUUGGGUCAACUUGCUUCUAUUACUCUCUUUUGGUCCCCUUUAUUAUUUUCAAUUCGUAGAUGACAGUGGUAUUAGGACCUACUUUCCAAUUUCCAAUUUGCAGUUUCUUUGUUAUGCAUGUUCGUUUCUCCAUCAUUAUCCUACUGAAUGUUUGCUUGUUGAUUAACUUUAGUUAAAGUGAUGGUAUCUCAAGGACACUUUAACUAAAAUUCAUCAGUAAUGAUUCAUAUUCAAAGUGGUAAACUACACUGUUUGUCUUUUGCCUUUUUACGUGUGAUCUUGUUUGGUCCAUUCAAGUUGAAGCAUGUAGAAUUGGAUGUUAAGGAAUUCACGGAGACCUAAAUUUUAGUAGCGAUUCGUGGUUUAGUAAUAUUUUUUCUCUUUUAGGAAAUUUGAGUUGGUUUAGUAUUCCUAAUUAGUAUUCACUUGGUAUUUUCUUGUUUUAGAUUCCUAAUCUGCAUAUUAAUAGAACAAAUAGUGCAUAUGUCAUCUAACUAUCAAUAGAGCUUAUUUAUGAUUAUUAUUGAUAGUUUAUAGGAUUAAUAAGAAUUUUAUUUCUGUUGUAUAAAAGAGAAUAGAUGGGGGUUUUGAGAAUUUCACCCUUUCCCUCGAGUUCUAGUAGUAGGGGCGGAGGAAGGAGGAGGAUAAGUGGGAGUAAUGCCCCCUAGCACUUCUAUUAUAUUCUCGUAUAUAUACAGCAUUAAAAAUUAUUUUAUUUUAGUUGUUGACCUUAAAAUAAUUUAUAUUGUUUUAUUAUGAUAUGUGUAAUUUGAAAUAUCAGAACCCUUAGUUUCUCAUCACGUAUGCACUCCCCAGAGGUAGGGAGUAAGGAACUCACACUUUGGGCUGGGGGAGAAAGGGUGUUCCUCUCUAGAAGGGGAGGCGGAGACUGCAAGCGCCAACAAAAGAGAUGACAUAGCCUCAAAGAAAAAAGACCUAAAUUGAGAGGAUUUUCUUUCUUUAACGAGCUAGAGAGAGAAAUAUAUUUUCUUUUUAUUGCAUAACAAACUCUUUAUCUUCUGUAUAUGCCGUGAAUACUCCAUUUAUAUAUGUGUAUAUGUUCCCCCAUCACUCAUUUUAUAGCCUUCUCUGAUUUUGCUUGUAGAUCACUGAACUCAACACCUUUGGAGCUCCUUUGCAUCCUUUAAUGGCAGUAGUAUCAUGUAUAUGAUUUUUA